UCAUUUGGCUCCCAAACGGCUCUUCUUUCAAAAUGCUUGAAAACCUAGAACCAUGCGCGCGGCGCAUUUUUGGCUUCGCCUAUGGCAGCAGAACGGCUGGGACCGGCUGUGCUCUACCCACUAUUUAUUGUUUCUGCAGUAAGGAUUCACCAUCUUCAGAGAAUAAUUUUGUAAUUUAUUUGUGGAAACCCGUGAACACGGAACUAAUCCCCCUCCCUCCCGAUGACGUCAAAAUACUGCGACUCAUUUGAAUCGCAGGUUGUGGCGAUUUUUGCAAGGCUUCUUUGUUUGGGUACAUUAUAGUGUUCAUCAUACAUUUUUUACAUUACGUAUUUGGUUUUGGAAAAUAAAUGAGCCUCUUAUAAGCCUUCAUUAAGACUUCUGGCUUGCCACACGAGACUGCUUUUCGACGGCUAAACCACCACAACAAACAAGGAUACUGUUUGUGCCAGCUUCACACCUAGCUAGCACUACUAGCAGGCAACCAAAACGUCCAGAGAUGGACAGUGAAGUUCAAAGAGAUGGCAGGGUUCUUGACCUUACAGAUGAUGCUUGGAGGGAAGACCGUCUACCUUAUGAAGAUGUCACUAUCCCAUUGAGUGAACUGCCUGAAGCUGAGCAAGAUAAUGGAGGAUCAACAGAGUCUGUGAAAGAACAAGAAAUGAAGUGGUCAGAUUUAGCGCUACAGAGUCUGCACGAGAAUACACCUAACACUGGGACUUAGCUACUCCGUGAAUGGACGCGGUGCCCAAUCCAAUGUACCUGUGGUUGAACUCGUCUGUCAUUUCCUCUAGUCUUACAAUGGUGAAAAUAAAAUCAUUGUGGUAUUCUCAUUCAUGUAAAAGGACCCCCCUCAAACCCACAAUUUGUCUUGCAGUUCAACAACUGAACCUGGAGUGAGGCAUCCCUGGACUAUUUGUAGAUGUUUUUGGCCCGACAGAAAUAGAAUGUCUGUGAAAACUGAGUAUAUGCAAUGAAGCAAAAAUAAACAGAACUUUUCAUACA